GGGUUAAAAGUGCUGUCUUCUUUAUUUCAGAGCUCUAGGGGAAGAUGUUGUCUCUUCUGACAUCUUGCGAUUAAGAUACCUGAGAACAGGUUCAGUAAGAAUCCAGGUUCCUGAAGAAGACUAUUAUGAAUGUACUGAAAUAAGAAGUUGUAAACAAUUCUUUUUCCCUGUCAUCUAUACCACUUAAGAAACCGUGAUCUGAACCACUUCCUGGGCACUUGCCCAGAUGAAUGAAGUCUGCAAAGCUUACUGUCUGAACUGACCGUUUCUCAGUAAGUGGUACAUAUCCAUGUAUAUAAUACUCUGAAGAAAAAUAACUUUCUCUAUAAAAUUCCCAGAAGGAUCAUUUUAUUGUGGACAGCUUUCUCUGGAUUUAUAUCCAGAGAGAUUAAUGCCUAGAGUUGAAAGGCAUUUAGUAUACACUGAAAAGUUGGCUUUCCCUCAGUUUUUCCAGAUGUAUUGUCUCCUCUGUAUACUGGGAACACACACAACUACAUAAACUACAGAUGUAGUCAUGGAGCUGUAUGAACUUCUGAGCUGUAUGAGAAGUAUUAUUGAGCGUUGGUAUCAGAUAUUGCUUCAUGAUGUCAGCUGAACUGUGAUGUGUAAUGCUAAUCAUAAUAAAGCAAAGCAUCCAAAUGGAGUGACACCCAUCCUGCGAAGAGGCUGAUAAGUUUUACGACAAGGGUUAACUGAUUACCUUAGUCUCUUGCAACCUGUGUGCAGAAGACUUUCUGUGCAAGAUGAAUCAGUAUUUCCAUUCUUCAAGAUGUUGAAGGUGUAUUGCUGCUUAUGACAAAGUCAAGAGAGGAAGCUUUAUAAAAUGGCUCAAACCAGCUUGCUGCAAGGAAAGCAGUUUUACUGUAGGGAGUGGGUUUUCCACAAGCUUCAGCACUGCCUCCAGGAGAAAGCUAACUGCAGCAGUAGUGCUGCCAACAAACCAUCUCUUGUAGCAAAUUCUGGGAAUAAUACUGGUGUUGUCUCUGGGAAAGGAGCUGCCUGGGGUGUAUUGUUGGUAGGAGGGCCUGGUAGUGGGAAGACAGCCCUCUGUACUGAGUUACUGUGGCCAAGCUCACCUGCAAACCUACAAAGAGGCUUACAUCGUCAAGCUCUAGCCUUCCAUUUCUGCAGGGCCCAAGACUCUGACACACUGUGUGUUGGAGGGUUUAUUAGAGGUUUAGUUACACAAAUCUGCCGCAGUGGACUGAUCCAGGGAUAUGAGGACAAACUAAGAGAUCCUGCUAUUCAAAGUCUCUUGCAACCUGGGGAAUGUGAGAGGAACCCUGCUGAAGCAUUUAAAAGGUGCAUUCUACUUCCCCUUUUGGGAAUGAAGCCCCCUCAGCAGAGCCUCUUCCUGCUUGUAGAUUCAGUUGAUGAGGGCUGUAAUGUUUCCGAGGGUGAACAGACUUCUACAGGUUUAUCUGGAACAGUAGCAGAGCUUUUAGCUGGCCACUUUGAGUUCUUCCCUCCCUGGCUGCUCCUUCUAUGUUCUGCCCGCAAGCAGAGUAAAGCUGUUACAAAAAUGUUUACAGGUUUUCGAAAAAUAAGUCUGGAUGAUCUACGAAAGGCUUAUAUCGUGAAAGAUGUGCAACAGUAUAUUCUACAUCGUUUAGAUCAGGAAGAAGCACUGAGACAACAUCUCACAAAAGAAACUGCAGAAAUGCUGAAUCAGCUUCACAUCAAAAGCAGCGGUUGCUUUUUGUAUCUGGAACGUGUUCUGGAUGGUGUUGUGGAGAAUUUUAUCAUGCUACGAGAGAUCCGUGAUAUUCCAGGAACAUUAAAUGGCCUAUAUCUUUGGCUUUGUCAGAGACUUUUUGUGAGAAAACAAUUUGCAAAGGUCCAGCCUAUUCUUAAUGUAAUUCUUGCGGCAUGCAGGCCAUUAACCACAACGGAAUUGUAUCAUGCAGUAUGGACCAAAAAUAUGACACUGACUGUGGAAGAGUUUCAACGCAAGUUGGAUGUCCUGUCAAAAGUCCUUAUUGAUGGUCUUGGAAAUACAAAAAUCUUGUUUCAUUACAGUUUUGCAGAGUGGUUGCUGGAUGUAAAGCACUGUACACAGAAAUACUUAUGUAAUGCAGCAGAGGGACACAGAAUGCUGGCAAUGAGUUACACCUGCCGAGCAAAGGAUUUAACACCAUUAGAAGCUCAAGAAUUUGCAUUGCAUCUAAUUAAUUCAAAUUUACAGUUAGAGACUUCAGAGUUGGCUUUGUGGAUGAUAUGGAACGGCACACCUGUCAAAGACUCCCUGUCAACCUUAAUUCCUAAAGAACAAGAAGUAUUGCAGCUACUGGUAAAAGCCGGUGCUCACGUCAACAGUGAAGAUGACCGUACAUCUUGCAUCGUUCGGCAAGCUCUGGAAAGGGAAGAUUCCAUCCGUACCUUGUUAGACAACGGAGCCUCAGUAAACCAGUGUGACUCGAAUGGGAGAACGCUCUUAGCCAACGCAGCGUACAGUGGCAAUCUCGAUGUUGUUAACCUGCUUGUUUCAAGGGGAGCAGAUUUAGAGAUAGAAGAUACUCAUGGGCAAACGGCACUUACCUUAGCUGCUCGACAGGGACAUACCAAGGUUGUCAAUUGCUUGAUUGGAUGUGGGGCUAACGUUAACCACACAGAUCAUGAUGGCUGGACAGCUUUGCGAUCUGCAGCAUGGGGUGGGCACACAGAGGUGGUUUCUGCACUCCUUUAUGCUGGAGUCAAAGUGGACUGUGCGGAUGCAGAUAGUCGAACAGCGUUGAGAGCAGCAGCUUGGGGAGGACAUGAAGAUAUUGUGUUAAAUCUGCUUCAGCAUGGUGCUGAAGUUAACAAAGCUGAUAAUGAGGGUCGAACAGCUUUGAUUGCUGCAGCAUACAUGGGACAUAAAGAGAUUGUGGAGCACCUGCUGGACCAUGGUGCAGAGGUAAACCAUGAGGAUGUGGAUGGAAGGACUGCGCUAUCUGUUGCCGCACUUUGUGUACCAGCUAGUAAGGGACAUGCUUCAGUGGUUAGCCUUCUAAUUGACCGUGGUGCUGAAGUUGACCACUGCGAUAAAGAUGGCAUGACUCCACUGCUGGUAGCUGCUUAUGAAGGACACGUGGAUGUUGUUGAUCUACUUCUAGAAGGAGGAGCUGAUGUUGAUCACACAGACAACAAUGGUCGUACACCUCUUCUGGCAGCAGCCUCCAUGGGCCAUGCUUCGGUUGUAAAUACUCUCUUAUUUUGGGGUGCAGCUGUUGAUAGCAUUGAUAGUGAAGGGAGAACAGUUCUGAGCAUAGCCUCCGCACAAGGCAACGUGGAAGUGGUACGGACUUUGCUGGACAGGGGACUAGACGAAAACCAUAGAGAUGAUGCAGGCUGGACACCUUUGCACAUGGCAGCUUUUGAAGGUCACAGGUUGAUAUGCGAAGCACUUAUAGAACAAGGUGCUAGAACAAAUGAAAUUGAUAACGACGGACGUAUACCUUUCAUUUUGGCUGCACAGGAAGGUCACUAUGAUUGCGUGCAGAUUUUACUGGAAAAUAAAUCUAACAUCGAUCACAGAGGCUACGAUGGGAGAAAUGCUCUCCGGGUUGCUGCUUUAGAAGGUCACAGAGAUAUAGUUGAACUGCUGCUCAGCCACGGAGCAGAUGUAAACUACAAAGAUGCCGAUGGCCGGCCAACGCUAUAUAUCUUAGCAUUAGAAAACCAGCUUACAAUGGCUGAGUAUUUUUUAGAAAAUGGUGCAAACGUAGAAGCAAAUGAUGCUGAAGGAAGAACAGCACUCCAUGUUUCCUGCUGGCAGGGCCAUUUGGAGAUGGUACAGGUGCUGAUAACAUACCAUGCUGAUGUGAAUGCUGCAGAUAAUGAGAAGAGAUCUGCUUUGCAGUCUGCUGCUUGGCAAGGUCAUGUGAAGGUAGUGCAGCUUUUAAUUGAGCAUGGAGCUCUGGUUGACCAUACGUGUAAUCAAGGUGCUACUGCACUCUGCAUCGCAGCCCAAGAGGGGCACAUUGAUGUUGUGCAAAUAUUACUGGAGCAUGGUGCUGAUCCAAAUCAUGCUGACCAAUUUGGACGCACUGCUAUGCGUGUUGCAGCUAAAAAUGGACACUCUCAGAUUAUUAAAUUACUGGAAAAAUAUGGUGCAUCUACUCUGAAUGGUUGUACUCCAUCUCCAGUCCACACAAUGGAGCAAAAACCCUUGCAGUCAGUCUCCUCUAAAAUGCAAUCAUUAACAAUGAAGUCAAAUAGUUCAGGGAGUACUGGUGGAGAUAUGCAGCCUAGCAUGCGUGGGUUGUCCAAUGGGCCAGCUCAUGCAUUCAGUUCUCCUUCAGAAUCACCUGAUUCUACAGUUGACCGUCAGAAGUCAUCUUUAUCAAAUAAUUCUCUAAAAAGUUCCAAAAAUUCUUCUCUCCGUACCACGUCCUCAACUGCAACUGCUCAAACAGUGCCCAUUGAUAGUUUCCACAGUAUGUCAUUUACAGAGCAAAUACAGCAGCAUUCCCUGCCACGCAGCAGAAGUAGGCAGUCUAUUGUUUCUCCUUCUUCCACAACUCAUUCCUUGAGUCAAAAUCAUAAUUCACCGAGUAGUGAAUUUGAAUGGAGCCAAGUAAAACCUAGUUUGAAAUCAACUAAAACAAACAAAGGGGGGAAAACAGACAACUCCGGCAAAUCUGGCUCAGGUGGAAAAAAAACAAAACAAAGUAGUUCCUCUCAACCAAAAGUGUUAGAGUAUGAAAUGACUCAGUUUGAUAAACGAGUACCCGUUGCCAAAUCUGGGACAAGCGUGCCACAUAAAUCAAUGCCAGCAGAACCACAGUGCAAAAUUCUGGUCCCACCAGCUCAGCAAGAAGUUGGUCGAUCUCAGCAACAGUUCCUCAUUCACCAACAGAGCGGGGAACAGAAGAAGAGAAAUGGAAUUAUGACAAAUCCAAAUUAUCAUCUUCAAAGCAAUCAGGUAUUUCUUGGUAGGGUUUCUGUCCCACGAACAGUGCAGGAUAGAGGGCAUCAAGAAGUAUUGGAAGGCUAUCCACCCGCGGAGACAGAACUCAGCCUUAAGCAAGCCUUAAAACUUCAGAUUGAAGGUAGUGACCCAAGUUUCAACUACAAGAAAGAAACACCAUUAUAAAAGGCCGAUUCCAUGAUGCUCUCAACAGAAGCGCUUCGCUCAGAAUGGUUUAUCAGCUGGCUGGGAUGAAAGCACACAAUGCCUGUUUAGUCCAUCUAGAAAUUUAAGAAUGUGAUUAUUACAGUGCGGUUACCUUAAUUACUGUAACGUGCCUACUUUUUAAGGCUGCCUUCUCAGUAUAACCCUCUGUGCUUCAGAAAUUUAUUUUGUGUACUUUGUAUUUAAUACACAGAAUGAGAAUGAGCACUUUUUUUUUAAUUGCAGAAAGUCAUACGCUGUAUUUCUCUGAUAACAGCUGAAAAUUAUAAGAGCAAGGAAUUCUGACUUCCUGUUCCAGAACGCUUGGAAGAGGUGCAUGUGCCACAGUGAACUGCGUAUGGAAAGGCAGUGCUUUUUGUAUUUAUUUUCCUGUGGCUAAAGAAAAUAAGCAAUUUCUCACAUUUGCAUUGCUGUAAUGUAUGGGCAGUUUCCUGUGUACUUCGAAAAGUUCUCUCACAUACAAAUCUUGUGACAGUAUUUCAUAAAUACUGUACUUGUGUGUUCUUUAUACAAUGGCUAUUCAGUGGCAGCAAAAGCGUCAAACUGCAACCUUCUGCAGUGCCUUUGGGAUUUUUAUGCAACAGAAAAUCCAGUAUCUGGUAUUACAGCACCAAAUCUUCAUGGCAGACUGUGACCACUGAACAUGAUAGGCAAAUCUGGUCUUGGACAUCUGAUCUUAAAUAGUCCUAAUUAUUGUUAUGGUAAUGAGGUAACUUAAUAUGGGUAUGUCUUAGGUGCUAAGUAAAAACCUCUGGUCCUGUCUUCAUGUAUAUCUUCAUAUGUUAGAAACAGUUAGCUCUUUAUUUUUCCAGGUAGAAGGACUGUGUUGAGAACAUCAAUAAAGCAAUUCCGUGCAAAAAACUACAGAAGCUUUGUUAAUUAGACUGAGAGAAUAUGCAAUGAGAGUAUAAUGGAAAAACAAAAGGUUAGUAGCACCAUUGACUGUGGAAUACAAAGAUUACUGCAUUAGCACUGUCCUGGGACGGCAAUUCUAUAUAGGGCAAACUGAUGUGGAUGUAGUUACUGCUUCCAGUCCUCAGAUGGAUUGUGUGCAGCCAGUGUGAGUAUCUCUGUACCUGGAGCAUGGUUAAUCAGCAGCCUGGCUAGUCCAUCUACAGAUAAUAGAAAGCUGGUUCUCCACUCCUACAGGAGAAAAAUAGUACUUGCAUAAGGGAGUGCAAAAUCAAGGCCAUUGUGUGUAAGAAGUGAGCAGUAUGAAAUUUUCCUUUGAAUGUGCACAACUUACUUGCACAGCUCUGAGUGACAGAAUGAAGCAAGUGAUUGUUUUCUUUUUUUUUUCUUAAAAAUGCAAGCUAUAUUCUACUAUUCACCAUUAUACAGCCUUUCCUCUUUAGAAAAUAAGGCUAUUUUUAUACAUGAGUGUUUCUUCUCAAGGCUUGAGAGUCAUCUUUUUCAUAGUCUAAUUCUGAUCAAUCCACAAAUAAGUAAGAUAACAGAAAGCUGAGGUUAUUUUUUCAUAGAGGAUUAAUUAGAUGUAUGGCUAUCCUUAAAUUUUGAUAAAUGGCCCCUGGAUGUAUAUCUAGUACAUAUUCUGAGGCACUAAAGGGCUCAGUGGCUUAUUAUUACGAUUAACAAUCACUAGAACAUUUCUGAAGUUAGAUUUUUUUUUUUAAUAUCUUGCACCUCCGUUCUUAUUCACUUGUUACUAAAUGUAAAAAGAAAAUCUUUUAUAGUGAGGCAUUCAGUGCAUAGUAAAAUUACAUGUUAAAAGUUGACACACAGCAAUAUUGAUUAUUCUGAAUGUUUCAUAUUAUUGAAUUUCUUGUCCCUGUGGGACAAUUAUAAGAUUAACGUAACAGGAGUCUUGCAAAAUGGCCUUAAGAGGGUUAGUGGCUAAGUAAAGAGGGAAUACCAAAACGUUCUCAGCAAACUUAUUCUGAACCUCAAGUACAGUACGUAUGCAAUACUGUGCAAGAAUAAAACUUUGCUUAGUUAUGAGAUGUAUGUUUUGUUCUGUAGAAAGGGAUCCCUGAAUGCUGACAUUUUUCUACUGACCUUGACUGUCAUUGGGAUUAUAUUUAUUUAAUUUUAUUGUGUUAUUAAUGCACCUUGUGGACAGAGGACAUAAAAAUAUGGCCAGUUUCACGAGGGGCCACAAUUUCUAGAUAGCCUGAUGGUUUGUGUGUGAAUAAUAUUUACAUUUGAAACAGUUUGGGGAAACCCUAUAUCCAAAUCAGCUGAAAGUAGACCUGUUGAAAAUGUUUUGAGAGUGAAAAUAACAAUUCUUACCAAUUUUGGGUAUCGCUUUGGAACAGAGCAUGAAUUGCUUUAAAACAUCUAAUUUCUUAAAAGGUCUGAGGCAUUCCACAUGGCUGUUGCUUGUGAUUUUUAAUAUCAUUUGUGAGGUUUCUGCAUACAAAGAAAAGUUGCUGUUCCCCUAGUUGUUCUCUCUGUUCUGGUCCGCUCUUUUACGUCUGUACGAUCAAAUGGAAAUGAAGGGAGUUGCGCAGCUGUGACUCAGCACAGUUUCUUCUGUCAUUGUAACAAUUCUCACAACCUAAAAAAACCUGAAUAAAACAUGAACCCUGUUUCUCUUCACGUUUCACUGAUCCUUCCAAGGUCACCUCUGCAAGACAUCUACAAUUCUUGAUGGGAAAGCUAGGGAAAAGACUGUUUUGUGGACACCGAUAUCAAUACUGUGUGCAUGUGGGGAAACUCUUCAAAAGAGAAAUGCAUUAAGAGGUAUUGAGGCACAAUGAUGCAUUUUUUUUUUUGUCCUGUGAUCAGUAUUGAAAGCAUUACCAUUUAUUUAAAAUUAAGAAGAUAUUUUCCCUCAUCAGUUACUCUGCUAUGCAAAAGUCUGUUAAGCUUAAUAUUCCCCCUCUGAACUCCUCAGUUAACUUGGUUUGCAGAUGGACUGUUUUUCCUGGAGUGGGUUGUAAAUAGCCUUUAAUGUACAUUGAAUGAAUUUCACAUUGUAAAAUUUUUAUUUUAUUCCUUGUAUUAUAUUAAGCGAAAAUCCCUGUGUAUAUGAAAGUGCAUAAUAAAUAUAUUUGCUUUUCAGCAGACAUCUAAUUGUUUUAAUUUUACUACCUUGUUUCUUGGGAGUCUCAGGAAGAGGUUAUUAAACUUGAUUAGCAUUUGUGUAGUACUUAAUGAAACACAAUAUAUGUGGCAGUAGGCAUUCUGGGCUAGCAAAACCCAGACCUUGAAGUUAAUUCCUGCGUCCCUGCUUAUCACCCAUGUGACUUCUUCACAUUUGUCUGUGUUAACCUGAACAUUUGCAGGAAAAAAUUGACUGUAUGUGCUUGUGCUUAAAAUGAUGUUUUUGCAAUAUAUACCAUGAGGGCCAGUAAGUUAAAUAUUUCAGGGGCUGUUAAAUAUUUACCACUUGAAAUAUAUUUUUUAAUUAUCUCUUUCCUCAGUUUCUCUGUAGUAUUUUCAGUUUAAGUAAAACCUUGCUUCCUGUCAGUGCCUACUCAUUUUUCUUGAACUUGUUACUAAAAAAAAAGUAGAAACAUUAGAAGGGAGAAGUUUUCCAGUCAUUACCAUAAUUGCAUUUCUCCCUGUAAUCUUGUCUCACUUCUGCUUUAGGUUACAUUCUAAUUGUGAGUUUUCAGCAGAAAAUUGUGAGUGUGGAGUCUGACUAUUUGCCUUCUGCAAAUGAAGAUUCAGGUUUAUCUCCAUGUAUUCAGGUCCACACUCAUUACAGAUGUUGAUGCUCAUGGCUUGACUGAUUUGUAAGAUUAGGAGAAUGACAGACAGAACUGUUGGUAACUAUUCACUUGUUUUCUGUGUAGUAUAUCUGUGGUUUCCCGUAAUAACUAUUGACUGACUUUUGUUAAAUUCUUUAUGUGUGAAAUAAGAGUGGCUAUUUUUCACAGAAGCAGGGUAUUAUUUCCCCUAAAUUAAUCUUUAAAUAAGUUAUAUUAUAUUCCAUAGUCGCACAUUUUCUUCA